CUAAUUCUGCUUAACGCCGUUUAUAUAAAUAAUGAAGAAAUAAUUAAGUUAAUCUAACCUUUCUUCGUAAUUUCAAAACAUUCGGCAUUUAAGAAUGGAAGCAAAGGCGGAAAAAAUCGUUAUGCCUGGCGAUAUAAUAAAAGAUACACAGUUAUUAAAUAAGAAACAAAAAAUUAUAUUAGGCCCUGGUUUACGAACAGACGGUGAAACAGUAUAUGCAUGCAAAGCAGGGAUCUUGAAACAUAGAUCAAAUGUCUUUUAUGUUGAUAAUUUUCAAAAGAGAUACAUUCCUAGUCAGGGAGAGAAUGUUGUCGGAAUAGUAACACAAAAAGCAGGAGAUAUUUAUAAAGUCGAUAUAGGAGCUAGCGAGCAAGCCUCUCUUUCAUAUUUGGCUUUCGAAGGCUCCAGUAAAAAGAAUCGACCAAAUAUUCAAAUUGGAGAUAUUGUUUAUGCAAAACUUUUAGUUGCCAGUAAGGAUAUGGAACCAGAAAUUGUGUGCGUCGAUUCGUUUGGUAAAAAAGGAAAGCUGGGAGUAUUGAGCACGAAUGGAAUGUUGUUUACGUGUUCCUUGAGUCUUGUUAGGAAGAUUCUUAAGCCCAACUGUCCGUUAUUACGCUUAUUAUCCGACGAACUGAAGUAUGAAUUAGCAGUAGGAAUUAAUGGAAAAAUCUGGAUAAAAUCGAAAACAAGCGUCGAAGACACCAUCGCAGUUGCCAAUGCAAUAUUGGCAGCCGAAUACACAGUGCCAAGCGAAUUUCCACAGUUGUGCGAUAGCAUAAUGAAAUCUUUAGUUAAACUGAAAUAAGAUAUAGGUUUAAAUAAAACUCAUGUUUUACGAAUGAUUUUAUAUUUAUUGUACUAGUAUUUGUUAUGAAUUUCUGUAAAUAAAUUUCCACAGUUUUUUUCAAUGACAAGGUAUGAUUAUAGAAUCGAUCAUAGUGACAAAAUGCGGUAUGAAAGAUGUAGCAUACAUAGUGCAUUUAUAAAAAUGCAAGACUUCUUAAUGAUUGACUACUUCAACAUCGUGAAAGCAGAAUCACUUUAAGCGAUACAUUAGAGUUAUUUAUUAAAAUUACUUUUAUAACUGUCUUUCACAAUGAUAUAUAAAGUUAUGAUAUCGAAUUACAACAAUUGGAUUGUUCAAGGAAAUUUUAAGAUAUUGAAGUACCGAUUGGCUUUGUUCAAGCAUUCAAAUUUUAAAAACAAAAUUA